AUGCGAUCAGCUACUCUCAUAUCCCUCUUAGGUUUCAUUGCAGGCAUCGCUGCUGCCCCUCGGAGUGAGGCCAAUCUGCCUGUCUCCCAAGAAGACCCACGCGGAGAGCCUGGGAAGUCCAACAACGGCGGCCACCUCCAUGACAGUGGCACAAAUCGUCCUGGUGGCGAACCUCAGCUUCCGAAAAUCUGCUUUUGCUGUCCCCCGGACAAACCAAAUCCAACUUGGUGGUGUGACCUCUUGACUGAAUCAGGCACUUGUCCUAAUUUCGAUUCGGGCUUUACGGAUAAGGUCUGCUGCACAUUUAACUUCGACGAUGGUACCUCCAAUUGUGCAGACCUUGGUCCCAGCGCUGCAAAUGCAGUUACCGCCGACUCAGCCGUCAAUUCAGUCCUUAGCAGCAUUGGUACAGUUGUGGGUGGUUUGCUGAGGGGUAUUCAGUAG